GGGAAGAAACCGAGAGCCAGCAAUGGAUGCUCUUCUCCGAGCUCGAUUGUUACACCUUGCUCUCCUCAUCUCUCUUUUUCUAUCAGUUCUUUCACAGGCUUCUUCUCAGGAACUUCAGAUCGUCAAUGCCGAACGCAGAAUUGACUUGACUUCUCACAUUAUCAAGGUUUAUUUGACAUUGAAGGUUGAGAAUGUUGGGGAAUCGCCUGUUUCAGAAGUAAAUCUUGCUUUUUCACCUUCCGAAGUUGAACAUCUAGCAAUUGUUAAAGCAGCUGCUACUACUGGAAAAAAGAAGAAGAAAACUUAUGUUCCUCUUGGUGUGAAAUCUACUGAGCAACCUGCUGGACCAAAUGGAACUAAAUAUUUCACUAUAAUAUUGUUAAAUCCACUAGGUAAAGGUGAAACUGCAACGCUAGAAGUGCUUUACAUAUUGACACGUUCCCUGGAACCUUUCCCCGUAGAAAUAAGUCAAUCAGAGUCACAGUUGGUCUAUUUCCGUGAUAGUGCUAUUUUGUUGUCUCCUUAUCAUGUCAAGCAACAAACAACCUUUAUUAAGACACCAAGCACUCGGGUGGAAUCAUUCACAGUGGUGGAGCCUACUAAACGUGCCAGUACAGAGAUCAAAUAUGGACCAUAUGAGAAUCAACCGCCAUAUUCAUAUGCUCCUAUACUUGUUCAUUUUGAAAAUAACAAUCCAUUUGCUGUUGUUGAGGAGCUAGAACGUGAAAUUGAAAUAUCUCACUGGGGCAACCUCCAGGUUACAGAGCGAUAUAGCCUGGUUCAUGCAGGGGCCCGACAUAAAGGUGUUUUUUCAAGGGUUGAUUAUCAAACUAAACCAGGUAAUACUGGGGUGUCUUCAUUCAAACAUCUGCUUGCACGACUACCUCCAAGAGUUCAUUCGGUAUACUAUCGGGAUGGAAUUGGGAAUAUUUCAUCUUCACGUUUACGUACAGAUUUUUUUAAGUCAGAACUAUUAAUUGAGCCUCGUUAUCCUCUAUUUGGAGGCUGGAAGUCUACCUUUGUCAUUGGUUAUGGGGUACCAUUGGAGGAUUUCCUUUUUGAGUCUCCAGAUGGUGGCCGAUACCUCAACUUCACUUUUGGUUGUCCUCUUGCUGAUACAGUUGUUGACAAGUUGCUUGUCAAGGUUGUGCUACCAGAGGGAUCCAAAGAUCCCAAAGCUGUCAUCUCAUUUCCCGUGGAGCAACAUCUAGAGAUCAAGCAUUCAUACCUUGACGUUGUUGGCAGGACUGUGGUGGUUUUAGAAAAAAGAAAUGUAGUGCCUGAGCAUAACAUUCCUUUCCAGGUCCACUACAAUUUUAACCCUAUCUUCAUGCUUGCUGAGCCAUUAAUGCUGGUGUCUGCAUUUUUCUUCUUUUUCGUGGCUGCUGUGUCAUACCUUCACCUGGAUUUUUCUAUACGCAAGUGAUGUCAGAAAGCGACUGUGCAAGAUCCGAAGUUGCUGGGAAAUGGGAAUCCUUUGAUGUAAGAUGAUAAGGUCAAACAACUUUUUUGUAGAAAUUAUACUUAAAUAUACGGCAGCAUUAAAUUUUUAUAAUAUUUAAGUUAGAGAAUAUCAGGAAUUCAGGAUUGUCUGCUUUUUAUUUUACAAUGGUUGUGUCAAAGCCGGUGAGUGGUGAGCUUCGCAGCCGAUGAGAAGCAAAUUUUGGUGAGGGCGUUUUAUGCAGUUUCCAUA